AAUGAAAAUAAAAAAAGUUGUAAACGUUUGUUGUUAAAUGACCGUGUAAAAGAUAUAUGUGUAAUAUCUGAAUACUAACCUAUACUUGUAUAUAUUGGAUAAAAAAGUUAGAUGAUUUUUUGUUUUGGAAUAUUAAUUAUCAGCUUUGAUCAAGAUGCCUGCUUUAAUCGAGAGACCAAAAAUGAGCCUUGCUAUGUGGGCUGCAUUAAAAACUCAUAUUAUGAAACAACGAGAAAGGAAGAAACAAGAGCAAGAGGCUGAUGAAGCUGUAGAGAGGCUGCGCAGAGAGCAAGAAAUGAAAAGAAAACAGAAUGCUAUGACACUAGAAGAAAUACGAGAACAACUUGCUCAGCUAGAAAAAAAACUACAGGAACUGAGAGUAGAAAAACAUGAAAUGUUUUUAUGUUUAAAAAGAGUCUUAAAUGAGGAUGAUAAAAGAAGAAAUGAGGAAGACAAAGAACCCAGGUAUGAAAAUUAUUUCAUUCAGCAAGACAUCCAGUAUUUUGGAAUUAAGACAGAAAUUUUACUUUUUUCAUAUUUUAUAUAUGUAUGCCUUUUUUAAGGGAAUGUUGAAACAAGAACACCUAACAGUAGUUACCAAAAUGCUGUGAAUCAUUUCCUGUGUACCAUAUUAAUUUAAAAUUGAAAAAUCAAUGUGAGACUAUUUAAUUGUUUUCAUUUAUAUAAAUAAGUUCCUGGUCUGUUUCUGUUAAUGACAAAAAUAAAGAUUUAGGAUAGUGAAGAUCUGACGAACUCUUAAAAUUAGUAAUAAAAAACACUUUGGUUACACUUGUCAUGGAUUUUCAUAUCGAAGAAAGCUUUUAAUCAAAUGUUGCUGUAAGUUCAGAAAAUUAGCAACACAACCUACAAAUAAUUAAAGUCUAACUAAAUUUUUAGUAAUGCAGGCAAGAGGUAAGGCUUUACUAAAAUGUUUCUUUAAAACAUGAUCUUACAGCGGCAAUUUUCAGCAGGCGGUACACAAGAGAAAAAUAGGUGGCACGCAAAGAAACAAAGAUUUUUAACUAUUAAAUUCAAAAAUUAAAUACCCUAAAAACCUGUUUAUGUUUUUUCUCUAACACUCAUAAAUUCAUGCAAUCUGAGCUUUGUUCAAGGUCAAUAGCCCUUCAUAGACUAUAGCAAAAUAACCCGUUUUUUUAUUUUCACAAAUAUUCCUUAACCAUAGACAUAACAAAAUUUGUCAUAAAUGAUGUUUUUUAAAGGAGUAAUAGAAAUGGAUGUUGCACUUAAUAGGAAAUAAAAAUAAGUUGUUGUGAUAAAAUGAUAAUAGUAUCUCAUUAAUUCUUUAAGAGUUGAUUGAUUUAAUAGCAUGUCUGCACUUUAUUUCACCAGCAUUUCCUGGCUUAUAUUGCUCUGUUUUCAAAGAGAAUCAUUUUUUCGUUGAUUUUCUGUCACUAACAGCUGGUAUUUUGUCUUGUUGCUUUGUAUUCCUUACUUUUCUAUUCGAUUUGAAAUUUGAGAAUAUCGUCUUGUUUUUGAAGAACUCAUAAUAUAUUAUGUAUUUAAAUAUUUGUGAAAAAAUAAUAAAACAAACUUACAUUUUCAAAAUGGAAAAGUGGCUAGGAUUGACUAAGUGGAAAAGGGAUGAGUUUUAAGUGAUGGAUUCAGAACAAUAUACUAACACUAAGAAUACUGAAAAGAAAAGAAAAAUUGUUUAUAGAAAAUAAAAAGAAAUUUAUUUAUCAUUUGGGUUUACUUGGAAUAGAGAUUAAAUGGACCCACAACCACAAUGUGUUGUUUGCAGUGAACUGAUAUCCAAUCAAAGGAUGAAACCAUCACUUCUUAAAAGACAUCUUGAAUCUAAUCAUGCCAAUAUAAAAGAUAAAGCUGGAGAAUAUUUUAAGAGAGAAUUAGCGGAGUUCAGAAAUAGUGAACAAGUAAUGAAAGGUUUUGUUAGUUCAAAUGAAAAAGCGUUGGAGUGAGAGAUUAUGCCGCAAAACCAAAGAUGAUUAUAGUGCACCAAACGCGAGAUUAGAUGAUUACAAUUGAUGAAAUUAAAAUACAAUAAAUAAAAACAAGUAGACAAAUAUACCAAAUCAACAGGAGGAAGUCAUAUAUAAAAAGAAGUUAAAAGCACACAUUAAAAUUCAAGACAUAGUCUUCAAAACAAAUUACAUUAGGUAAUAAAAGCCAGUCUCUUUUAAAUAAU